AUGUCCAGCUCUGUAACAACCACCACUAACGGGGUGGUGGUCAUCACCCAUGUACACCCCACUGGAAACGAGAUGGGGGUCGCGGGGGUUGCUUCUGCCCCUCACUGUUUGGGACAGACGGUCUACUCAGCGCUGGGAAGUUUCCGGGCGGGGCAUCCAAAAGCUCUUGGGGUAAGAAUUUCUUUUUUUAAAUUAUUUUGAAAUAAAAAACAAGCAUUUUGGUUGAACGUAUUGGAAGAGAAAAAUGAAUUUCCUGCUUUGUACUUUCUUUUUCUCUCACAGACCGUACAGAUCAUGAUUGGUUUGAUGAUGCUGUUGACAGGAAUCGUGAUGGCUACAGCACCAAUGUUGGACAAUAUUGGAGUAGUCAGUGGAAUAUUUGUCUGGGGAUCUAUCAUUGUGAGUGAGCUGUUCUGUCUAACAAACCUAUCUUACAUUUCCUGUCUGCCUGGAUGCAAAACAAAACGUCCUCAUAGUUAAAUCAUGUCACUUAAAAAAAUAUAUAUAUUUAAUUUGAGGUAAUGCUUUAUAAAUAAUGACUUGUCUUAACUAAUGACUUUUAUCAACGUAUAUGUAUUUGGAUAGGCCUAUGCCAAUUAUACACUCAUGCAUUUCUGUUUGUAUGGAAUUCUAUGUGGGUGUAAUUCAACUUGAAUUUGAACUUUGGUCAUACAGUAGAAAUAUGUGUGUCCCAAAUGGCACAGUAUUCCCUAUAUAGUGCACUAUGGAGGGAAUAGGGAGCCAUUUAGGACGUAGAGUUGAAUAAUCUCUUCCUUGUUCCCAGUAUGUAAUUGCAGGCUCUCUCACUGUUGCCGCUGACAACAAACUGAACAAAUGUCUGGUCAGUAUCAAUAUUUUUUUUCCUCAAUAAAGUUUAGGCUUUUGAUUCAUAAAGUUCCACUCUAUUUGAAGACAUAGAAUCUACUGUACACUAGGCCUUCAUGUUUUCAUUCAUCCUGCUUGUUUUCCUCCCAAGACACAAGCAGUGGGGUGGGCACUGGCAUUAACUGUGCACCUUUAAAGAAUUGUAAUAACGAUUAUAAGGAACAACAACACACUGAAUUCGGUAUUGCAUUUUGUUCUCAGAAAUGUUCAUCCACAACCAGACAUUCCCAUGUCCUCUUUCUGCUCUCUGUCCCUUAGGUGAAUGGCUCCCUGGUAAUGAAUGUUGUUGCCACGGUUACUGCUCUUACUGGCAUCAUCCUCCAUUCUUUAGACGGUGCUGGGAUCCUCUACUCCUGUUACUAUCCAGACAAUCCUUCAUCCUACCCUCCAUACUAUGUCUGUCAACAGUAUUGGGUAUAUACCAAAUACUUAUUCCUUUUUUACUUUCAUUGGUCAGGAGAUAUUUGUAAAUUGAUAAAGGGGUAUUUAUCAUCUAUAUUCUUUUGUAUUGUACUGUUGGAUGCUUUUUAUUAGGCUCAUUUAAAUUAUGCCUAUAUGUGACAACUCCAACAUGCAAGCAAUAGUAAGGUAGAUAACUGCUAUUGAGUUAGUUUAUAGUUAUUUUUAGUCCACAUCGAAACUGGAGUCAAAGUUCACAAAGGGUUCAUAAUUGCUCCAAAAUGGCAGUGAGGUGUAGUUAACUGCUGUUUCCUGUUCCUCUCUGUCUAUAGGUCAGGUCCCAGGGAAUUUCAGGUGUUCUGGCUGUUUUCUCCGUGCUGGAGUUUAUAGUGUCCAUCUGUGUCUCGUCAUUCGCCUGCAGAGCUGUCUGCCAAUGCUGUCGUUCCACCCCUGAG